UAGCACAUACAAUAGCACUUCCACCUAAAAGUAAAGAGUGCUUUUUCGAAGAUUUGCGUGAGGGCGAUAAAAUGUUUCUGACCUUUCAGAUUGACAAAGACGAGCUCUUAGAUGUUGAAUUCAAGCUUUACGAUCCCUCCGAUACACUUCUAAUUGAUUCCGAUAAACAAUCUACAGGAACGUUCACUUUUUUUGCAAAUUCCGAUGGAAGAUAUACCUAUUGUUUUGAUAAUGCUUAUGCUGCUACUGAGAAAACAGUUAGUUUUACUGCACAUGGAGGUCCUGCUUAUCUUGACAAAAAGGAAAUCCGCAAACUUGCUGAGGGUGUUGCUGCCAUUAGGACUGAGCAAGAUUAUAUAAUAAUACGAGAAAAAAGACAUAGAUAUACUGCUGAAAGUACGAAUGAUCGUGUCAAGUGGUGGUCAAUCUUUCAAUGUAUUAUGCUUAUUGCUUUGUGCUUUUGGCAA